GAGAAAAGAAGCAAAAGCCCAUUCCAAUCUGAGCUCUCUAGAUUUCAAAAAUAUCAAAAAGGGGGAGUAGUUAAUAGCAGAGAAAUGGGCAGAGUCAAGAACUCAUCUUCACCUUCUGGAGUAAAAGAUAUGGCAUUCACAGGGGUGGGUAAUCUCAUUAGGCUUCUCCCAACUGGAACUGUCUUCCUAUUUCAAUUCCUGAGUCCAGUUUUAACCAACAAUGGCCAAUGUUAUACCAUUAACAAGUACUUAACUGGUACUCUCCUUAGUGGCUGUGCCUUCUUCUGCUGUUUUUCAUCUUUUACUGAUAGUUAUGUGGGUAGUGAUGGUUUGAUUCACUAUGGGAUUGUAACCAUUAAUGGGCUCUGGUCAUCUUCACCGUCGACCUCAGGAUUGGUGGACUUAUCAGCUUAUAAGCUCAGAGUUGGGGACUUUGUGCAUUCCUUCUUGUCUCUGAUGGUGUUUGCAGUGGUUGCAUUAAUGGAUCCCAACACCAUGGAUUGUUACUAUCCAUCUUUUGAGUCCACACAGAAGAUGCUUGUGAUGGUGUUGCCUCCUGUUGUUGGUGCAGUUGCUAGUUCGGUGUUUGUUCUCUUCCCCAACAAUCGUCAUGGAAUUGGGUACCCUUCAAGCCAGAGUUCUGGUCCAGAUGACUCCGAGUGAUCACCUCCUUCAUUCCCACUCCAAUAAGAAUAAGGAAAUAAUUAUCAAUCUUCUUAGCUGAUUCUUCUUUUGAAAAAGUUUUUGUGAUUUUCUUUUUUCUUCUUCUUGUUCAUUUGUUCCUCUGUCACGUGGAUCCACCCAUUUCUACUGUAUGACGCAGAAAUGAGAUUGAUGUAAGUUUGGCAUCUCGAUUACCCAAAAUACUCCGUCACUUAUUGUAUGAAGGUUUUUCCCAAAGGAUAAAACCUUCAUGCUGAUUUGUUGGUGAUAGCUCCAUGUAAUCAGUGCAUGGUUACACUGAGCAUGACUUGUGUAUUGUAAAGAAGUGUCUAGCUUCCUAUAUGUUUAUGUAAUGCUUUGAAAAUUAUUUGAAGUGCAAGUUUCAUAAA